AUGAAGAGAAAAUGGGAAGAAAGACUGAAGAAAGUGGAAGAACUAGCAUCUCACUAUGAAAGAAACCCUCUCCCUCCAGUAUAUAGACCAAGACUGUCCAAACCUUUUCUGCCAUCCUCGGUUUGGAAAAUAUUUUGUCGUCAGGCUGAAGCUUUUAAUUAUGUAAAAACCUGCAAAGAGGAUGUUCAUGUAUUUGCCUUGGAAAAGAACACAGAAAGUGGACAGAGGUUUUACCUUGUGACAACAUAUAAAGAGCUUUGGUUUUAUUACGCCAAAGGUUAUAAAACAAGUCUUAUGCAUUGCUAUGAAGUAAUUCCUGAAAAAUAUCCUUGUAAACUCUACUUUGAUUUGGAGUUCUACAAACCAGCAAAUCCUGGUGCAGAUGGCAAGAAUAUGGUUGCAAAGUUAAUUGAGCUUGUCAGCCAAAAAUUAAAAGAACUUUAUGAUGUAAACUGUUCAGCCAAAGAUGUCUUGAAUUUAGAUUCCAGCACUGAUGAAAAAUUUAGUCGACACUUAAUAUUUCUACCCCAAAAGACUGUAUUUAAGGAUAAUAUUCAUGUUGGUAAGU